AUGGAUGUGAUGCUUUCUGUGUUAGUUACUCCAUACUUUUACUUGCCUGUGUGGGGAGCUUGCUCAAUCGGUUGGCUCGAAACCUUGGGCGUCCCAAAGUUGAUUCAAGCUCUCAUCAGCACCAACACAGCUGGAAGUACGACAUUCUGAAGUCGAUCAAUUUCAAUGGAGUUCGUUUUCAGAUAUCGUCGUUUCAGUUUUGAUACUUUUCGAAUAUCGGCAUCAUCAGGUUUUACCACUGAAUAGCCCGGUUCGGUUAAGUAAUCCAAUGAGGAUCGGUUUGAUAUUCGUGAAUUAUUGUUUUGUAUGCGGCGGAUUGAUCCAAAUAGUCCUAACAGAACCCGAAGAUCAGGUCGCAGCCAAAGUUAAGACGGUAGAGGUUGGUCGUUUGAUAAGAUUUUGGGGGCUUCAAAAAGGACAUUUAAAACUCAGGAGGCUUUUUUGAAUGGGGGCCUAGAUUGGCUAUCAAAAAACUAUUUUUUUUUGUAGAUUCAGAAGAUUUAUUAACACCUAAUUUUAACAGUCUGUUUAGAUUCUCGAAUGCAUCCCUCCCAAAAUAUUCACGUCCUGCUCUUUCAUAGUUGACUUCACAUCAUACACGACUUCUUUCUUUGUCUUGUGUGCUAUUCUGAUCGCUACACAAAUCCUUCUCUUCUGUUGUCAUAUUUUCCUUAUAUUGAACAGGCAAAUCAGCCAUAUGUCAAAUAAGACUAGGAAUCUUCAAAAGCAUUACUUCUAUAAUCUUUGCGCUCAAGUGAGGUUUCGGAAAAAGUUCAAUGAAUACUUGAUUCAGUUUGCCAUCCCCUUUGUGCUAAUGGGUGCUCCUUUUGUCAUCGCAGGACUUCAAGCUUAUUUUGGCAUCUUUUUCCAGAGUAAUACUUUGUGAUUUUCCCUAAGAAUUAUUUUCUUAAGCAAUGAAUCCUGUCGUGGGCAUUGCUUUUACACUUCAUGGUGCCGUGUCUUCAGUUUUUACAAUUCUAUCCAGUGAAACUUACCGCCGAUUCUUUAUCAAUCUACCUUCAAAAACUAUCAGAAACUGUUUGAACUUGAAAGGUAAACUUCGAAUUGGAAUUAGAAUACAGGAAAUAGUUUCAGACGGAAGUUCCAAGGAGUCAAGAGCUCACAGUAAAAUUGUUUCUACAGUUAAUGUUCAAGGACGAAUUCGGAUUAAUUAACACAUGUGUCAGAAAAAUCAGGGAAUCUUUGAUAAACUUGUUAUCUUGAAAAACUGUUUUUUCUUCGGGGAGUUACUUUUUUUCCAUAAUUCAACGUCCGGAAAGCCGUGGUGGAACUAGAACAUUUUGGAGCGAAAGCCUUUUUUGUCUGACAAGGAAGGUAAUUUUACUUUGCGGCUAAGGAUUCCCUGGAAAUUGGCCAGAACACUCGUUAAUGUACCAGAAAAAUAAUCUGCAAGUAUCAACCUGCAAAACUCUCUAGUUUUCGAGAAAUAAGAGCUCAAAGUCUUACAAUGUCCUAUUUUAAAAGAUUUUCAGUGUUUUCUUUGACCUUAAGUGUCCUUUCUCAAAAAAUAGGUGGUUGUGCGGGUUUAGACUUUAAGGGUCUUCAUCCGGUACAUUAAGAAGUGCUUUGACCAAUUUUCAGGAAAAUCAUAAGUGUUGUGGAAUGCGGAAUCUCCGUAAACCUACACAAAACUCAUGUGCGCUCUAGCGUACAUUGUUUCUGCGUAGAUCCCCUCAUUGGCCUAAAAUUUUUUUAUAGUCUGUUCAGAUUUUCAAUGUCAAGUGCAAUGACGUCAUCCAAAAGCACUCUGUGGAUGGCUCGCUCUCUGAUUGGUUUAUCGCACCAUUAGGGGCGGAGCUUGGGCGACGACUUGACAUCCAAAAUCUGAACAGACUACACCCCAAUAUUUGGUUGGUAAUCAAUAGUUGUUCUAGAUUAAUUUGUAUAGUAGUCAAGCGGUAUAUAUAUUUGUAAGAUAAACUCGUCCAGUAGAGCUGUUACCCUCCCAUACUUUGUGAAUUUUCGAUUUUUUUUUUCCACCUUCUCUUUCCAUGGUUUUCUUUCAAUUUGAAAACCCGGAUAGCGGUGAAAUUUUGAAAUAUUAUGCUUGAAAACGAUUUACGCAAGAAGAAAAAUAGCACCUGCUGUCUCCACCACUCGGAAAAUUCGGCAAGUCACCUUUUUUUUUCUAAUGGAAUGAAUGAUAUCAACACUUCUAUCAAUUUGAAAUACCCUUACUGUGAACAUGAGACCGAUUUAGUCACUGCGGAUAAUGUUCGUUCGAUUGAAACCCUCCUUUUUCCGUUUUUAAUCUCUGUCAAUCUGACCGCCUUAUUCUGCAUUUUAUUUCUCUCCCCGGCGACCAUCAGAAGCUACAAAUGGUUCUUUCUAAACUUUCAAUUAUGGUUAGGUCUUUCCUUAAAAAUUUUCAAAUUUUCGAAUUUUUCCGAGUUUAGGAUUGUUGUAAUGGAUAUGUUAUUUUCGAUAUUAAUAACUCCGCUAUUUUACCUACCAGUUUGGGGAGCUUGUUCCAUUGGUUUGUUUGAAACUGUUGGACUUCCAAAGAAAGUGCAAAUCUGCAUAGGCGGCUUAGCGGCUGGACGUGAGUUUUCUAUUUUCGAAUACCAUGAAACUGUGCUCAAAGUUCCUCUAUAAAGAAAAUUGAAUAUGAAAAAAGUCUCAGGAUAGAUUGGUUUUUUUUUAAAUUUUCAGACUUCGUUAUAUCGGCGUUGGUCCUGUUCGAAUAUCGACAUCAUCAAGUUCUACCCAAAAGCAGUCCAUUUCGAUUGAAAACCCCAAUAAGGAUCACUUUAAUUCUCGCUAAUUAUUUGGUUUUGAACGGCGGAAUGCUUCAGAUCCUUUUGACAUCUCCCGUUGAUCAAUUUGCUGCAAAACUGGAGACUGUCAAGGUCUAGAUAAAAUUCUUCUUCUUCAUGUCAAAUUUAGAUUCUUCAAUGCAUCCCACCCAGGAUUUUCACAUCCUGUUCUUUCAUCGUUGAUUUCACUUCCUAUACAGCUUCUUUCUUCGUUUUCUACACGUUUAUCGCUACAACCCAAAUCGUAUUCUUCUGCUGCCAUAUUUUUCUGAUAUUGAGGGAGAACAGCAGUCAUAUGUCUAAUAGAACAAAGAACCUUCAGAAGUAUUACUUUUACAAUUUAUGCGCUCAGGUGAGUUGGAAAAAGAAAAAUAGCGGCGAGUUUACUGUCAACUUAACUCCCUAUCAGUUUAGUCUCCGAUGUUUUAAAGCGUUUUCAAAAUGAAAUAUUUUCCCAGCUAGCCAUUCCUUUGUCCCUACUUGGUGCCCCGUUUGUUUUAGCCGCGCUACAAACCUACGUCGGCACAAAUUUUCAAUGUGAUUUUCAUUUUUUUUUUUCUGCUUCAAGAUAAAAUUUGGCAGCCGUGAACCCAUUCAUAAUCAUCUCCGUAUCAAUGCACGGCGGCGUUUCUUCGGCCUUCACAAUUUUAUCUAACAAAGUCUACCGCCAAUUCUUUUGGAAUUUGCGAUUGCGACCUUUGAAGAAAUUUUUCCCUUCGAGAGGUUGGAGAUUUUCGCGAGUGAAUAAAGUAAUUAUUUUAGACGCCAACUCACAAGUUUCAAGAGGUCGUGUUGUAAUCCACUCAUCCGUCAAUGUGUCACGAAGAAAUUUAUAAUCAUAUUUUUUGAAGGAAAAAUUUUUUCAAAUUCCCUAUCAGAUAUAUCGAAAAGACAAUACUUGGUAAAUUUGGUCGUUUAUUAAAGAUUAACCUCUUUCCCCAAUUCAAUAUCAAAUUACCUAAAUUUGAUAUUUGGUUGUAACUUGGCACAAAUAUCAAUCCUGUUCUCCCCAAAAACAUUUUCAUACCUUAAAUUUCGAUGUCGUUUGAGAAAUUGAUACCUUAUCCAUCUUGUGAGCAUGAAGAUGACUGGUUGAAUAAAGAUAAUCUCAGGACUAUUGAGACUGUUAUAUUCCCAUUCAUGUUUUUAUUAAAUUCUACUGCCUUCUAUUGCAUCUUGGUUCUCUCGCCAGCCAAAAUGAGACACUACAAGUGGUUCCUUUUGAACUAUCAGACGUGGUGAGUGAAUUAAUAUUGAAAAAAGGGAAGGUUUCGCCUGCAAAGAGGCCCCCCAGCUGAAAGCGACCUUCAAGUGAGAUAAACCAAAAAAAAAAUGUCUUCAGGAUGAUUAUCAAGGAUAUUCUUGUCCCUCUCUUUAUAACUCCCUUUUUAUACCUUCCUGUUUUGGGCGGCUGCUCUAUUGGUUGGUUCACAACCAUUGGGGUUCCAGUGAAUAUCCAAACUGUCAUUGGCUUCCUCUCUAUCAUAAGUUUGAUUUUUCUGAAAACUGGAAAAAAUUGUUAAUCCCACAGGUGUACAAAUCUCGAUCUUGGUCCUAUUCGAAUACCGUCAUCACCACGUUUUGCCGGUGGACAAUGCGUUCAGAUUCAAAAAAUCUACUCGAAUUUUCUAUAUUCUGGGCAAUUUGUUGUUUUACUGCGUCGGGUUCUCUUCAGCUGUUGCAUUGGCCCCGAAGGAUCAGUAUUCUGCGAAAUUGAAGGCUAUCGAGGUUUGAAAUCAAUUUUAGGAAUCAGCUAAGAGGAUGAGAUAAUAAAUGCGUUAAAUAAAGCUGAGCUAAAAAAAAAAGUUAAAGUUGAAAACAAGAGCAAACAUUUUCAUAUCCUUUUAACUGUUAACAUGAAGCUCAGUCGUCUGGCUAUUAAUGAUAAAUCUGAUUUUGAAGACCACUCAAAAAUUCGAGCGAACUCUCAGAUUCUCAACUGCACGCCGCCCCGUAUUUUCACGCCUUGUGCAAUCAUUCUAGACGUGACUUCGAAGACCGGAUGGUUCGUGACGGCCAUAACCGCCUCACUUAUUCUUCAAAACAUUGUCCUUUGCGCCCACGGCAUAUACAUCUUGAAAAAGCAGAGCAGCCACUUAUCAGCCAAGACUCAAAAGCUUCAAAUUUACUAUUUUUAUAGUUUAUGUGCUCAGGUUUUCUUUCCUCUUUAAGAUCGUCGCAUGAACUUGAAAUACAGAUCAGUAUCCCCGCGCUUUUCAUUUUCGCUCCGAUAUCUUUUGGGAUUUUGUUGGCACAUGCUUCAUUACAAGGUAGUUUUACACUAGUAACUUUUUUUGAUAUUAAAAAUCUACAGCCAGUUCACCGAUGGCCAUUAUUCUCAUGUCUCUCCAUGGCGGGAUCCACUCAGCUUUCACUAUUUUCACCAAUAAACACUAUCGCAAUUAUUUUCUCAAAUUCAAGUUCCUCUCCUCGAAAGGAUUGUCGCCAAGAGAAGGUAUCAAUCUUCAAAAAAGCGAAAGAAACCCUAUUUUUUUUUCCAGUAACAUUGGUGAACGUUGUCAACGGACGGAGCCGCACAUUGAAAACUUUUGAUAAUCCUACAGCUUUUUGACAUUCUUUUUUUUGAAAGUUAUAAAUUAAAGAUAUGUUUUAGUCGUGUAGACCUUUCCAUUAUUCUUCGUUGAUUAUUUCGGCUUAUAUUGAAUUUGUUCGGAUUGUUUUCCAGAAAACCGUCACGCGCUUAUUUCCCUUUGUUCGUCGUAAAUACUAACCGAAUUUUCAUAGAAAAUGUGGAAUUCGUGCCUGGUCGAGCAGAAAGUGUGUUAAAAUCACACAGCUUGAAAUCAUUCUUCAUGCAAAAAGUAAUAGCAAUUUUUUUCGCUAGUCCCCGCGGGUAUCCCCACGAAGUACAUCGACCUACACGAGAAGUGCAACGAGGGAACGUCGACGAUCCAUCUCUCCGAAGCUCAUCUUCACAGCUCUGGAAGAUGCAAUGCGACAGCUUGGGUGGGCCAGACUGGGAAGACGGAAACGAUACCAAAAGCAUUAACAUCGAUGGCAAGAACCUAACAAACCUUGGCUUUGCCGACAACAUCGUCCUCUUCGCCAACAACACUUCCGACAUCUCAUCCAUGCUCAACGAACAGGACGCCGUCAAAAAGAAGAUCGGAAUCCAGAUGAGCCCGGUUCAGACCUCUAUUGGUUGAGAUUCUUGUGAAACUCACUCUCAAGUCGGGGAGGUUCGAAACGAUGCGCCCGACUUUUGCCGGCUUUCGUGCCGGGUACGUUCAAAUAUUAACGAUAAACUUUAUGGAAGAAAGUUUGAGCAAUAUUCCAAAGAUUUUCAGCGGUUUCAUAAUACGCGCAAAAUGGUGGCAUUUUAAAACUUUAAGAAACUGGAAAAAAAAAACGUCAAAAUAUAAAGGUCUCAAAGCGAAUAGAGGUCAAAGUUGAUCAAAUUUGGCAUACGGUCUUUUUUGCAAAAAAAAAAAAACGUGAAAAGCUGGAAUAGGGUAGAAUGCAAAGUCAUUGCACUUCAAGUCAUUAUGGGCAUCGUCUGUCUUUUCCCCAAGGAUUCGAAGCUCUGAAAUCAAAAAUAGGAAUGGUUACACAAUUCAGCUGAGGUUGGUGGCAAAGUUUUCUCUUCAUUGAUGGCCGUGGAUAUAUUUGAAGUGAUAUUCUUUUUCAACGCGGUUUGGGGCGUUUCCCUGAACUUUUUAUUAUUAAUUGUGGCUUGGUUCACUCAGCUACCGAGCAACAGCAAAUACAAGAUUUUAGUAAUUAUUUUUGCGACUUUUAAUAUCAUCUAUUCACUUCUUCAUGUUCUUUUUCAACCGGUGAGAUUGGUCCCUUAUCCGCUGAGAUAUUUUUCCAGAUAACAUUUGUCAAGGACCAUAAAGUGGUUUUUGUGACACUUUUUCUGUUCCAAAAUAAAUUUCUGAAAUACUACGAAGUCCUAGUUUACAUUGGGAUUGUGAUUGAAUCCCACUAUCUUCUUUUUGUCAACUUCCUUUAUCGCUAUUUCAUGAUAUCAAGGUUCGAUUACUGUUUCAUCUCUCCUUGACACAUCAGUUAGGUUUUAGAAAAGUGGCGGAAACAAAAAAUGCGUUCAGUAAAAAAGAUAUUGGAUUAUUAGCUCUUCUCAACGUUGCUGUCACCCUCAACUUCUUUUUUUUCGCCAAAAAAUUUGAAGCAAAAGAAUCGGUUGACCUACAGCUCCUGGAAGACAUUAAAACAACGUUUCACGUUGAAAUUGCUCCAUACGGCUUCUUAUAUGCAGAUCUUUCGGUUAAAGUGAAAAGAUGAUUGCUGGAAAAUCAGAUUUAGAACAACCGGGAGUAUUUUCCGAUGGCUGGAAUGCUCAGCGGCUGGUUCAUUCUUAUUUUGGCGAUGACGUUUAUAGGACUGAAGACGUACAAAAUGUUAAAUCAACAUGUCCUGAACCUGCCUGUACAAAAGCAGAUCUUUAAUGCUAUCUUGUGUCAGGUGAAGAUUUUUCCAUAUCAAAGGUUUCCUAAUUUUUGAGCUUCAGUCUUUUGCCCCUUUUUUAUUGAGCCUACUACCUUGUGCGAUCAUCGUUAUCUCCACUCUUUCUGACCUGGAUCUCGGCACUUUUCCCAAUUUUCUCAUGGUCUCACAGAGCUUCCAACCAGUUAUUGAUCCACUUUUCACUCUUCUUCUGAUCAAAAUUUACCGCAAGAAAGUGAUCGGCUUUCUAACUUUUCUUUGUAGACCGGAACAAACGACUAGCUUCAGUUCAAUAGGAAUCGGUUCGGCCCAAGUAACUCCCGAGCAAAUCGAAGUCACUUCUUUGUAA